GAGCGGUGAUUCUGUCAGUGUGGGAGCGGCGCGGUGGGGCUCACAUCGCUGUGCCGCUCCUCCCCGCCGCGGCCUUUUUCUUUCCCUUUUUCUUCUUUCCUUCUGUCUCCUCGCUCUCUCCUGGCGGCGCAGUGUGAUGGAGGAGGCCGCUUUCUUUCCCUUCCCCCGCCCCAGCCGCUGACAUCGCUGUCAGCCCCGCACCGCCCGCGGCCCUCGGACCCCGCGGCCUUCCCCAGAAAACGCCAGCAAGGAAAACUUGAAGGAUUCUGACCUCUUUCACGUAAUAUCUCGACUGUACAACAAGCAGCCAGAAUGUCGGGGGCUUCUGUGAAGGUGGCUGUCCGGGUCCGGCCCUUCAACUCUCGAGAAACAAGCAAAGAAUCCAAAUGUAUCAUCCAGAUGCAAGGCAAUUCAACCAGUAUUAUCAACCCAAAGAAUCCCAAGGAAGCGCCAAAGUCCUUCAGCUUUGACUACUCUUAUUGGUCCCACACAUCACCUGAAGAUCCCUGCUUUGCAUCUCAGAGCCGUGUGUACAAUGAUAUUGGGAAGGAGAUGUUGCUGCAUGCCUUUGAGGGCUACAAUGUCUGCAUUUUUGCCUAUGGACAGACUGGAGCUGGGAAAUCCUACACCAUGAUGGGCAAACAGGAGGAGAGCCAAGCAGGGAUAAUCCCCCAGCUAUGUGAAGAAUUGUUUGAGAAAAUCAAUGACAACAGCAAUGAAGAGAUGUCAUAUUCUGUAGAGGUGAGUUACAUGGAGAUUUAUUGUGAGAGAGUCAGAGACUUGUUGAACCCGAAGAACAAAGGGAAUUUGCGGGUGCGAGAGCAUCCUCUGCUUGGCCCUUAUGUGGAAGAUCUGUCCAAGUUAGCGGUCACAUCUUACACAGACAUCGCAGACCUCAUGGAUGCUGGAAACAAAGCCAGGACUGUGGCAGCUACCAACAUGAAUGAAACUAGCAGCCGCUCUCACGCUGUGUUUACGAUUGUCUUUACUCAGAAGAAACAUGAUGCAGAAACUGAUCUUUCCACAGAGAAGGUCAGCAAGAUCAGCCUUGUGGAUCUGGCUGGGAGUGAACGAGCUGAUUCAACUGGUGCCAAAGGAACCCGAUUAAAGGAAGGAGCAAAUAUAAACAAAUCUCUCACGACUCUGGGCAAAGUUAUUUCAGCACUGGCAGAGGUGGAUAAUUGCACCAGCAAGAGUAAGAAAAAGAAGAAGACAGACUUCAUACCAUACAGGGAUUCUGUACUAACAUGGCUGCUUCGAGAAAAUCUAGGUGGUAAUUCCCGAACUGCUAUGGUUGCUGCUUUGAGUCCAGCAGAUAUCAAUUAUGAUGAAACUUUGAGCACUUUAAGAUAUGCUGAUCGUGCAAAACAAAUUAAAUGCAAUGCUGUUAUCAAUGAAGAUCCAAAUGCCAAACUGGUGCGUGAGCUGAAGGAGGAGGUGACAAGGCUUAAGGAUCUCUUGCGUGCCCAAGGGCUGGGAGAUAUUAUUGACAUUGAUCCAAUGGGAGAUGAAUACUCUGGAAGUGGAGGCAAAUAUCUGAAAGAUUUUCAGAACAAUAAACAUAGAUACUUACUAGCCUCCGAGAAUCAACGUCCUGGCAAUUUUUCCACAGCCUCCAUGGGGUCCCUCACUGCCUCUCCGUCCUCCUGUUCUCUCAGUAGUCAGGUGGGCUUAACAUCUGUGUCCAGUAUACAGGAAAGAAUCAUGUCAACGCCUGGGGGAGAAGAGGCAAUUGAGCGUUUGAAGGAAUCUGAGAAGAUCAUUGCAGAGCUGAAUGAAACGUGGGAAGAGAAGCUGAGGAAAACAGAGGCCAUUAGGAUGGAAAGGGAGGCAUUGUUGGCAGAAAUGGGAGUUGCCAUUCGGGAAGAUGGAGGAACACUGGGAGUCUUUUCUCCUAAAAAGACUCCUCAUCUUGUAAACCUUAAUGAAGAUCCGCUCAUGUCUGAAUGUCUGCUGUACUACAUCAAAGAUGGUAUUACCAGGGUUGGCCAAGCUGAUGCUGAGCGAAGGCAGGACAUUGUAUUGAGUGGGGCUCAUAUCAAAGAAGAGCACUGUAUCUUUCGAAGUGAGAGGAACAACAAUGGUGAAGUUAUUGUUACUUUGGAGCCUUGUGAACGAUCAGAAACUUAUGUUAAUGGCAAGCGGGUUGUGCAGCCUGUGCAACUACGUUCAGGAAAUCGUAUCAUCAUGGGUAAGAACCAUGUCUUCCGAUUCAACCAUCCAGAGCAAGCACGAGCAGAAAGAGAGAAAACUCCCUCAGCUGAGACUCCCUCUGAGCCUGUUGACUGGACUUUUGCUCAGAGGGAGCUUCUGGAGAAGCAGGGCAUUGACAUGAAGCAGGAGAUGGAGAAAAGAUUACAAGAAAUGGAGAUUUUGUAUAAGAAGGAGAAGGAGGAAGCAGAUCUCUUGUUGGAGCAGCAAAGGCUGGACUAUGAGAGUAAGCUGCAGGCCUUGCAGAAGCAGGUGGAGACACGAUCCUUGGCAGCUGAAACAACAGAGGAGGAGGAAGAGGAAGAGGAAGUGAGCUGGACACGACAUGAGUAUGAGCUCGCACAGUGGGCUUUCAGGAAAUGGAAGUUUCAUCAGUUCACUUCGCUGAGGGAUCAGCUCUGGGGAAAUGCUGUGUAUCUGAAAGAAGCCAAUGCCAUCAGUGUAGAAUUGAAGAAAAAGGUGCAGUUUCAGUUUGUGCUGCUGACUGACACACUCUACUCACCGCUGCCACCAGAGCUUUUGCCCCCUGAGAUGGAGAAGACCCAGGAUAACAGGCCAUUUCCCCGGACCGUGGUGGCUGUGGAAGUCCAGGAUCUGAAGAAUGGAGCAACACAUUAUUGGUCCUUAGAAAAACUCAAGCAGCGGUUGGACCUGAUGCGUGAGAUGUACGACCGAGCUGGGGAAAUGGCGUCCAAUACACAGGAUGAGAGUGAAAGCACAAUGACGGGCAGUGACCCCUUUUAUGAUCGGUUUCACUGGUUCAAGCUGGUUGGAAGCUCCCCCAUUUUCCAUGGCUGCGUGAAUGAGCGUCUUGCUGAUCGCACGCCCUCCCCCACUUUCUCCACGGCUGACUCUGACAUCACUGAACUGGCUGAUGAGCAGCAGGAUGAGAUGGAGGACUUUGAUGAUGAGGCCUUUGUGGAUGAUACUGGCUCCGACGCUGGAACAGAGGAGGGAUCAGACCUCUUCAAUGAUGGGCACGACCCGUUUUACGACCGAUCCCCUUGGUUCAUUUUAGUGGGAAGAGCAUUUGUAUACCUGAGCAAUCUGCUGUACCCUGUGCCUCUGAUUCACCGAGUAGCUGUUGUUAGUGAGAAGGGAGAAGUACGAGGAUUUCUGCGAGUAGCAGUGCAAGCUAUAGCAGCUGAUGAAGAAGCCCCUGAUUAUGGAUCUGGUAUUCGACAGUCAGGCACAGCUAAAAUUUCAUUUGAUAAUGAAUAUUUUGAUAAGAGUGAUUUUUCUGCUGUCGCGAUGACUCGGUCUGGACUGUCCUUGGAAGAACUAAGAAUUGUGGAAGGGCAGGGACAGAAUUCAGAGGUUAUCACUCCUCCAGAGGAGAUAAACAGAAUGAAUGAGCUAGACCUGAAGUCAUCCACUCUCCUGGAUGGAAAAAUGACUAUGGAAGGAUUCACUGAAGAAAUUGGUACUCACUUGAAGCUGGGUAGUGUGUUUACCUUCCGUGUGACAGUGCUACAGGCCAGCGGCAUCCUUCCUGAAUACGCAGACAUUUUCUGCCAGUUCAACUUUUUACACCGUCACGAUGAAGCUUUCUCAACAGAACCUCUCAAAAACAACGGUCGAGGAACUCCACUUGGUUUUUACCACGUUCAGAAUAUUGCUGUGGAAGUGACAGAAUCGUUUGUGGAGUACAUCAAAACAAAGCCUAUUGUUUUUGAAGUCUUUGGACAUUACCAGCAACAUCCUCUACAUCUACAAGGACAGGAUCUCAAUAGCCCUCCACAGCCUUCUCGAAGAUUCUUUCCUCCCCCUAUGCCACUCUCAAAGCCAGUGCCAGCUACAAAGCUAAAUACAAUGAGCAAACCCAGCUUGGGCCAGAGUGUGAGCAAAUACGACCUCCUUGUCUGGUUUGAGAUCAGUGAAUUGGAGCCAACUGGAGAGUAUAUUCCUGCUAUUGUGGACCACACUGGAUGCCUGCCUUGUCAGGGGACAUUCCUGCUUCACCAGGGCAUCCAACGUAGAAUCACAGUCACCAUUAUCCACGAGAAGGGCAAUGAGUUGCACUGGAAGGAUGUACGAGAGCUGGUGGUUGGACGUAUAAGAAACAAAGCAGAAGUAGAUGAAGCUGCUGUGGAUGCUAUUUUGUCUUUGAAUAUUAUCUCUGCAAAAUACCUGAAGUCAUCUCACAGCUCCAAUAGGACUUUCUAUCGUUUCGAAGCAGUUUGGGAUAGCUCUUUGCAUAACUCCCUUCUCCUCAACCGAGUGACCCCAUAUGGAGAGAAGAUAUAUAUGACCCUUUCUGCUUACCUGGAGCUUGACCAUUGCAUUCAGCCCGCUGUUAUAACAAAGGAUGUUUGUAUGGUCUUCUAUUCACGUGAUGCCAAGAUCUCUCCACCACGAUCACUGCGCAAUCUCUUUGGCAGCGGCUACUCCAAAUCUCCAGAUUCCAAUCGGGUGACUGGGAUCUAUGAACUAAGUUUGUGCAAAAUGGCAGACACAGGAAGUCCCGGAAUGCAGAGGAGGAGGAGGAAAGUCCUGGAUACAUCUGUGGCGUAUGUACGUGGAGAAGAGAACCUGGCAGGCUGGAGGCCCCGAGGAGACAGCCUCAUUUUGGAGCAUCAGUGGGAACUGGAGAAACUAGAGCUGCUGCAUGAGGUGGAAAAAACCCGGCAUUUCCUUUUGCUUCGUGAAAAGCUUGGUGACAGCAUCCCCAAGUCUCUGAGUGACUCCUUGUCUCCCAGUCUGAGCAGUGGAACCCUCAGCACCUCCACCAGCAUUUCCUCCCAGAUUUCCACCACAACGUUUGAGAGUGCUGUGACGCCCAGUGAGAGCAGUGGCUACGACUCAACAGACAUAGAGAGUCUGGUGGAUCGUGAGAAAGAGCUGGCCACCAAGUGUCUGCAGCUUCUGACUCACACUUUCAAUCGUGAGUUUAACCAGGUGUACAACAGCAUCAGUGACUGUAAGUUGUCUGACAUUUCUCCCAUUGGACGGGACCCAUCAGUGUCAAGUUUCAGCAGUGCUACCCUCACACCUUCAUCUACCUGUCCUUCUCUGGUGGAUUCAAGAUGCAAUUCAAUUGAUCAGAAGACACCAGAAGCAAAUUCUCGUGCCUCCAGUCCCUGCCCUGAGAUGGAGCAGUUCCAGAUCAUUCCUGCAGUAGAAAAUUCUUAUCUUGCCAGAGCUGGAAAGAAUGAAUUCCUGAAUCUUGUUCCUGACAUUGAGGAAAUCAGACCAGGCUCUGUGGUGUCAAAGAAAGGAUACCUCCACUUCAAAGAGCCGCUCUCCAGCUCCUGGGCCAAGCACUUUGUGGUGGUCCGCCGUCCCUAUGUUUUUAUUUACAACAGUGACAAAGAUCCUGUGGAAAGAGGGCUCAUAAACUUAUCCACGGCUCAGGUGGAAUACAGUGAGGAUCAGCAGGCAAUGGUAAAGACACCCAACACCUUUGGUGUAUGCACAAAGCACCGUGGGGUCCUGCUCCAGGCCAUCAAUGACAAAGACAUGAAUGACUGGUUAUACGCCUUCAACCCACUUCUUGCUGGCACGAUACGGUCCAAACUGGCUCGAAGACGGACAGGCCAGCUGAAGUACUGAGUCCAUGUAAUGUUCUCAUCUGUUCUCCCUAACUCCUAUUCUGAUAGAUAAAGUGUUACCUCUCAUUUUCUCUUUGUGAUUCUUGACAGUUUCUCUUGUAUGUAAUCCUGUGGCUUAACAACCCCUACCUUCCCACCUCCUCCAUUGCAUUUUCUAGAUAUUCUUAACACUACUUUGUUUCUUUUCACUUGUGCAGAGAAUCCUACUAGUAGCAUGUGGCCAAACAAAAAGGAGGAAAAAAAAAACCAACCUGAUUAUGCACGACUCUAAAAUGGAAAAAAGUGUUUUUUCCUGUAACAAUUGUUUUUUCAUUCCAGCUGACCUUCUGGUGUCUGUCCCACUGUACAUUGUUGUCUGUCUGGAAUGCUGCAGGUUUUUCAUUCGAUUCAUGACUUGGCAAUAGUCAUUGGUUCCCUCAGGGCAAAGCGCUAAUGCCAGGGAAAGAUUAUUCCUUCUAUGUAGACAUUACCCAGUCAGGAACUGCAAUAGCUCCUCAGGCUUUCCAGCCUCUGAUUUAAACUCUUUUGAAUGCUGACAUUGGAUAAAACUAUCUGGGCAGACUGGAUUUUGGACUUGGUGUGAGUUUUUGAGCUCUCUGGGUCUAAUGGGCUGGAAGGAAGAAGGGAAGGAAUCUGGAGGGGCUGGCUGCAGUGAUCUGCCUUUGCAUGUUUGCUGUGGGUGCGCAGGUGAGCAGUGCUUGACUCUAAUUCUUCCAUUAAAGUGCUGCUCCACCUUUGAGCUGAGCAGACAGAACUAAUGUGAGGAAAAACAAACCAUAUUUUAUUAAGUAGAAUCCCUGAAGUUUUAGAUACUCACCCUCACGUUUGAUGCAGGUGAAAGGAACCAACGUGGUUCCCUGGAGCCUUUUCAGGAGAUCACCACAAGAGGGCAACAUCUCCCCUUUCUGCUCUUAGUUCAGCCUUUCUAGUUCCUGUAGUGACAGUUCUCACCUCUUGGAAGACAUUUACGCUUGUAAUCAGUUUGUUAGGGAAGACAGCUCUUGGGCAUCCUGCAAUGCCAGCUUUAUGCAUGCAUCCCGUUCCUGCAGUAUUCAGCUGCCAUCCCAUCUGUCAAUGGGGAAAAGUAAUCCACUGUCUGCAGAUUGCUUUCUGGACCUUGCACUUGCAGUAUUCUUCAGGGAACAGCAGGACACUUCCACUUCCUCUUGGAACAAUUGUUGAAUGUCUCUUAAUCAACCUGCUGCAAUUUUCAUCAGCUAACGUCCCUAAUGAUGGUUAAUUUCAGAAAUAAUCCUUCCUUGAGGACAGAUCAGGUGGACUUUGAUCCUGGUCAGUCUGGUGUGACAGUUUGCUUCUUGGAGAUCAGCUGGGUGGUGUUGGUUCUUGACCUGCAAUGGAAGUUAUCUGGGGCAGAGCGUUGCUCUUUGCCUCAGGAAAGGAAGGCAGAAUGAGUUUCCUUUCUAAGAAGUGAACUCAUCUUUCUUUCUUUCUUCAGUUUUAGGGGGGUUGGAGGCUUUUGUUUGUUUUGUUUUCUGUGUUUCAGACUGUUCUGCUGUAGUUUUGUGACUCGGGUGCUGGUAGGGCAAGCUGUGAUCCUGGGCAAAUGGACCAGGAUUUCACCCAAACUUCCUCUUGGGUAGAGAUGAAAGGGUUUCAUUACAGUAGGGUACAUCCAUGGGGGGAAAAAAUGUGACUCCAGCUCAGGAAGGUCAUUUUAAUUCAGAUCACUUGUUGCCAGGUCGCCCCAUGCCUUGGGGCUUCUGUGGCCAGAAGUAUCUGUGGGACUGCCAUCAGCUCAGCAAUAUUUUUUAAGCUUUGUGGGUUUUUCAUUCAAUAAAAUGCAAUGCGUGCUGGGACCUCCUAAAAGCACAGCUGGAAAGGGGAGAUGGAGUCUGACACUCGCUAGGGCAUAUCCUUAUUUAUCAAUGUAGUGUUGAGGUUAAACAAUGUGCUCAUCCCAUCUCCUAUGGUCCUCGGAUUUAUUUCAGAACUGGAACCCAGAGUGACUGUGUGUCCUGGGGACCCAGGAAUGUAGCAGAGAGGAUUUGUUUUGUUUCAUCAUGUUGAGUGUGUGUGACUCUCAGUACAGUGCUGACAGUUGUUUGUUUUGCAAUGGACGAUAAGCACUUGCAGUAUGUGGCUAGUAAGAUUGCUAGUGCUGGAGCUGAGCUGAUCUCAACGUGCAUUGAGAAUGAAGUAAACUGAUUUUAAGCACUAAGUUGUUACUGCCACCAUUGCCACUGUCUGCCAUGGAAGUGGAAGCAGUCUGAGGAGGACUGGCAGGUCAGGUGGUGGUGUUAUGUGACGCACUGAGAGAGAAGAAUGUUUGGUUUUAUCUUUCUUUUAAUCUAGAGGAAAUCUAGCUUUCUAAGUCUUUGCUUUGGAUAAACCAGAAAGUGAACUGUGGGUAAAUAAACAUUGCAUAGAAACACGAUUAAAGGAUUGUCCUUUGGAAACAGGGAGGGACAGUUGCUUACUUAUACAGAGCUGGAGAUGCUACAAGUUGUAUUACAUAAGGGUGUUAUCACUGAGGACUCCGAGCAGCUUCUAAUGACUUGGUGUCUGUGUGGAUAACGGGUCAACAGAAGAACAGGGUUCUAUUUUUAAUCAUCAGUAUCUCUUAGAGCUGCAUAAUCUUGACAGAAUCAGUUCUUGUGUAGAGUUCAAGUGGGCAUUUCUGUUACUGGGUCUGACUGAAACACAGACGUUCACCAAUUACCAAGACAUUGGUUUCCCUACUUCAAACUGGAUGACUGAACUGAAAUUAUCUGCAAAAGGAAAGCAAAGCCAAAAGAGAAAAAAUAAAGGGGGGAGGGCGGGAUUUCUAUUCACUUCAGUGCUGUUCUGAUGUAACCCAACAAUUAGGGAAAUUCUGUUUAGAAACGGAACACAAAUGGGAAAAUGUGCCAAGCUGACAUUGAACAACACACUGCUGGUUACUGCUGGGUGCUCGUGGAGUCCUGGAGUCAGACAGCUCCCAGGACCCACCUGCUGGGGGUCUGCCAGCCCCCUGAGCAGAAACCACUGCUAAACCUGAUGUGUUUCUUAAACAGAAUUGGGAGUGAAACUGUGCCACAAUUUGGGCUUUUUUUGUGUUCUUGAGUAAAUGGGAGGAGAAACGGCCCCAUGAAAACCCUGCUGUUUGUUACUGAGCUUCCUGGGCAUUUUUAAACGAAACCUUCUAUACUGUAUUUUGGAAAUGCACUUUAAGUACCUGCUGAAAGAAGUUUCUGGGCUGCAGAAGGGAUUGAAUAUUAUUUCCAAACCACUGAGAACUGUUUUCUUUUGCUAGUGUGUUAUUUGCUAGUUCUUCUUACUGAUCAGCAAGAUAUUUCAAAGCAAAGACUUGACCUUUUGCUGCUUGUUACCUAAUUUACAGGGAUUUACUUUUAUGUAAUGUAAUGUAUAUUUAUACAUCUGUAAUUAAUUGCACAUUAGAUAAGAAAGAGGAUUAGCUUUAGAAUAACAGCUGUUGGUACCCUCCAAUAACGAAUACUGCCUAUGCAUUUGCAUCUUCCUGGUACUCUUACACAGCCUCAGUUUGUGUUUGUUUAUACCGUGGUGGUGUUUCUGUUGAACACACAGUUGUUCACCUGCUGCUCGAAGGAAGGAUUUUAAUGCUGCUCUGGGAUGGUUUUGCUGAAUGUACUUGAAAAUGGAUCUCUAAGGUGUGCGUUGCAUCUCUCCAUUGUGGUUAAUAACACCGACGCGUGGUCUGAACUGCACUGUAUGUAGCAGGAAUGUAUUAAUUUUGUGCUUCUUUAAGAACAUCUUGUGUUUGAGAACAGGAUGGAGAUAUUUUUGUUCAGAAGGCCAUUUAUGCGUGCUAAGUGUUUGAAAUCCAAACGAGUCCAACUCAAACCGGAUGGUUGUGUCCAAUGUCAAUUGGAACAGCUUUUAAAUUAACAGGAGCAGACACACACGGUCAGAAAACGGGGGGCGUUGUGGUCCUCCCUCUCCAGUUCGUACUGUUGCCGACGUAAUGCUCUGAUCCUGAGCAGUGCUGAGCUGCCUCUUGCUCACAUUGAAACCCAGAGCAGAAGCAGAGGCAGUGAUGGUGAUCAGCGCUUCCCAGGGUCAGCUCUUAAUUUCCCACUUUGCUCGUUCAUCCUUCACACGCAGUUGAUAAAUGUUCUUGAUUUGGACAUUGCUGUUGCACUGAAAUACAUGUUUUCUUUGAAUUGCGGCUCUCAUUUCUGUUCACCCUCUCUGUACACAAGGUAUACAAGGUAUACGCUGUAUAAGUGGCCUUCUCGAACAAAUCUCUUUGCAAACUGAUUUCAUCCCAGCGAAGGAGUGCAUCAGCAACACUGUACAUUAAUUUCAGAUUUUCAUUUUCAUGUUUUAUUUUGUAAAUAUCUGAUGUUUGGAGCUUGAGUAUACAAAAUGUAAAUAUAGUUCAUGUAUUUGUACUAAUUCUGAUCCAUUUGCUGUAUAGCCUUAGGUGUGCAACGCAGAUAUUAUCUAACUGUGUAUGGUAACCUUGCACCACUGAGUUGUUAGUGAACGAGGUGAAACAAUAAAGGUACAACCAGUGCGUC